CUAAAACUGAAAGGCAACACUGCUUAAAACCAGCAACCAGCAGGAGAGAGAGAGAAAGACACAAAGAUAGAGAGAGAAACACAAACACACAGACAACAUUGUGUGUUGUGUGUGAGCACAAAACACAGAGAUCCAACCAACAUGGGGUGACACACACAAUUUUUAGCAAAUAAUAAUAAAAAACACACCUUGCCUGAACUAGUUCAUCGCCGCCACUGGAAAUCAGAAUCUAAUACAUAAAAGUUUCAAUCUUUUACCGUCAUUUUUGGUAGUUUGUGAUUAUUCCGGCAUGUCGGGAGCUAUUUGGUCAUUCAAGUUUGGAGGUUGAUUGAGUUGGAAUUGAUCAGGGAAAACACAAGAAGAAACUGUGUGGACUUCUUUGACUUUGCAGUUACUUCUUCGAAACUUUGAAGGGUUAAGUUCCUGUAACAUCAGAAGACAAAGUUCUGCUGUCCUUUUUCUGGAGCAAUGGCGACUUUGUCACAUGCAAACUCUAGGAGAAUGUAUUCAUGGUGGUGGGACAGCCACAUAAGCCCCAAAAACUCAAAAUGGCUCCAGGAAAAUCUGACAGAUAUGGAUGCCAAGGUGAAGCAAAUGAUUAAGCUUAUUGAAGAAGAUGCAGAUUCUUUUGCAAGGAGAGCAGAAAUGUAUUAUAAAAAACGGCCAGAGCUUAUGAAAAUGGUUGAAGAGUUUUACAGGGCAUAUCGGGCAUUGGCUGAGAGAUAUGAUCAUGCAACUGGAGUUAUCCGCCAUGCCCAUAGGACCAUGUCUGAGGCAUUUCCUAAUCAAGUUCCUAUGAUGCUGACAGAUGAUUUACCUACAGUUUCUCCUCCGGAUACAGAGCCACACACUCCAGAAAUGCGCCACUCUUCACGUUCCUUUCUUGAUUCAGAUGAACCACAAAAGGAGGCUUCUGCUCACUUCCAUGUUAUAAAAAAGAAUGGUGGUUAUUCUGGCGAACCUGAUUCUUCUUUGAACAAAACAGGUUUGAAACAGCUCAAUGAUCUCUACAUCCCUGGAGAACAGGAAAAUCUUACACAGUUUGCAGAAAGGAAUGCCAGAAGGGGGCUCAAUUUUUUUGAGACACAGGAGAGUAGUGAGCUAAACAAUGGAAGCAACAAUACUAGGUCUCACAUCUCGUCUGAGUCUGAACGUGUGACAAAGGCUGAGACAGAAAUUUUGGCCUUGAAGAAAGCCAUUGCCAAAUUAGAGGAGGAAAAGGAAGCUGGCUUGCUUCAGUAUCAACAGUGUUUAGAGAAGCUGUCUAAUCUCCAGUUAGAAUUGUCUAGCGCACAAGAGAAUUCUAAAAGACUUGAUGAGCGAACAAGUAAAGCUGAAGCUGAAGUUCAAGCCUUGAAGGAAACCCAAAUUAAAUUACAGGCUGAAAGUGAAGAUAGUCUUCUUCAGUAUCAGGAGUGCUUGGAGAAAAUAGCAAAGCUAGAGGAAAAUAUUUCUUCUGCGCAGACAGAAGCCGGAGAACUUAAUGAAAGAGCUAACAGAGCAGAAAAUGAAACUGAGUCCCUAAAGCAGGACCUUGCUAGAGUAGAAGCUGAAAAGGAAACUAUCAUUGUUCAAUAUAAACAUUGCUCGGAGACACUAUCAAAGUUGGAGGAGAGAUUAGACGAAGCCGAGGAAAAUGCAAGAAGGACUAAGGAGCAUGCCACUGUAGCUGAAAAUGAAAUUGGGGCCUUGAAACUACAAGUUACUAAACUUAAUGAAGAAAAGGAAGAAGCUGCUCUCCGUUAUCAGCAAUGCUUGGAGAUAAUUUCCGGUCUGGAAUAUAAACUCUCUUGUGCUGAAGAGGAGGUGCGUAGGCUAAAUUCCAAGAUAGAUGAUGAGGUAGAAAAAUUACAGAGUUCUGAGAAGAAGUGUCUUCUCUUGGAGACAUCAAAUCACAAUCUGCAGUCUGAGUUACAAUCUUUGGCACAACGAAUGGGGUCUCAAAGUGAAGAACUUAAUGAGAAGCAGAAAGAAUUGAGUAGACUUUGGGGUUGCAUGCAGGAGGAGAGAUUGCGCUUCAUUGAGGCUGAAACCGCUUUUCAAACUCUUCAGCAGUUACAUUCUCAAUCUCAGGAAGAGCUUAGAUCUCUUGCUGCUGAACUUCACAGUAAAGUGGAUACACUGGGGAACGUGGAAUCACGUAAGCAGGCUUUAGAGGAUGAAAUACACAGGGUCAGUGAGGAAAACAAAAUCCUAAAUGAGGUCAAAAUUUCUUCAUCGUUGUCAAUAAAAAAUUUGCAGGAUGAGAUUUUGAAUUUGAGGGAGACAAUAAAGAAACUUGAACAGGAGGUGGAGCUGCGAAUUGAUGAAAGAAACGCACUUCAGCAAGAAAUUUACUGUCUUAAAGAGGAGCUUAAUGAUCUGAAUAAAAAACAUGAAGCCAUGAUGGAGGAAGUCAGGUCAACUGACUUAGAUCCACAAUGCUUUGGACCAUCUGUUAAAAAACUGCAAGAUGAAAACUUAAAGCUGAAGGAAACAUGUGAGGCUGACAAAGGAGAGAAAGAAGCUCUUUUGGCAAAAUUGGAAACCAUGGAGAAAAUUCUGGAGAAAAAUACUGUCUUAGAAAAUUCCCUUUCAGACUUGAAUGCUGAGCUGGAUAGUGUCAGAGGAAAGGUAAAUGUGUUGGAAGAAACAUGUCAGUGUCUACUAGUUGAGAAAUCCAAUCUUGCUGCUGAGAAGGCCACCUUGUUUUCUCAGUUACAAUCCACAACUGAAAAGCUGGAGAGGCUCUCAGAAAAGAGCAACCUGUUGGAAAAUUCACUAUUUGAUGUGAAUGCUGAACUUGAAGGGUUAAGGAUGAAGUCCAGGGUGUUAGAAGAUACAUGCCAGUCACUUGACCAUGAGAAGUCCAGUAUCUUUCAAGAGAAAGAAACCUUAGUUUCACAGAUGAACAUCACUCAUCAAACACUGAAAGAUCUUGAGAAACUGCACAGUGAAUUGGAGUCAAAGCAUUUGGAACUAAAAGGAGAAAGAGAGUCUGCACUUAAAAAGGUAGAAGAACUUCUAGUUUCCCUAUAUUCUGAGAGGGAAGAGCAUUCCAGAGUUUUGAAAUUGAAUGAAGAUGAAUUGGCUGAGAAGGAAUUACAAAUUCAUAUUCUACAAGAAGAUAACAAUUGCAAGAAAAAGGAUUAUGAGGAGGAACUGGACAGAACUAUACAUGCUCAAAUUGAAAUUUUCAUCUUGCAGCAAUGUAUUGACGAUCUGGAAAAAAAGAAUUUCUCCAUUCUGGUUGAGUGUCAGAGACUAUUGGAGGCUUCCAAAAUGUCAGACAGAAUGAUAUCUAAAUUGGAGACUGAGAAUGUUCAAAAGCAGGUUGAUGUGAAUUCUCUGUCUGAGAAAAUUAAAAUACUAAGGGUUGGGUUGAUUCAGGUGUUGAAGACUCUUGACUAUAACAGUGGGCAUUUCUGUGAAGAUAUGCUUGAAGAAGAUCAAAUGCUUUUGAACCAGAUAUAUGAAAAACUUCAGGAGAGGCAGAAAUCUUUUGACACAAUUUUCAAUGAAGGCCAAAAACUGGCCAUUGAGAAUUCAAUUCUGAUUACAUUCCUUGAGCAGUUAAAACUAAAGGUAGAAAAUCUAGUGACACAAAGAGAUGACCUUGAUGAGCAGUUCAGUAUCCAGUCUCAGCGGUUUUUGGCGUUGCAAAUAGAGGUUCAGAAGAUACUGGAGAAGAACCAAGAGUUGAAGUUGACAAUAAGCAAAGGAGAAGAGAGAAUGGAAGUAAUGACAGCUGAAAUAGGCAACCUACAGAAGAAGCUGUCAGACAUGGAAAAAAAUCACAACAAUUUACAGGAGGAUAGUCACAAAAUAUUGGAAGAGAAGAAGUCCUUGAUGAGAAGUUUUCUAGAUCUGGGUGAAGCGAAAAGUAACUUGGAAGAAGAAAUGUGUUUCAUGAUCCAUGAGACAAUAGCUCAGUCCAAUAUUUCCCUUAUUUACGAGAAUAUUAUCUUUGAAAAACUCCUGGAACUUAAAGAGCUAGGUGAGGAUCUUGAUAAACAUUGUUCAGCAAAUAAUGACCUCAAGGAGAGAUUAAAAGUUAUGGUGGGAAAGUUAGAGAAUGAAGAAAUGGAAAAUUCACAUCUUAGAGAGUCAUUUAUAAAGUCAAAUGUUGAACUGCAUUUAGUUCAAUCUAUCAAUGAUGAAUUAAGUUGUCAGAUUAGGGAUGAAAGGGAAAUGUUGAAUCAAAAGGAAAAUGAGCUUUUGGAAGCCGCUGAGAUGUUUCAUGUUUUACAUGCUGAGAAAACGGAAUUGCAAAGAAUGGUGGAAGAUCUGAAGAUUAAGUAUGAUGAAGCAAGGGUGACGCUCGAAGAACAGGCUAAUCAAAUUUUGAAAUUGUCCUCAGACAAGGACCGUCAAGAUGAAGAGGUAAUUUGCCUGUGUGAAGUGAACCAGAAGUUGGAGUCUGAAAUACGGCACCUACGUCAAGAGCUUGGAGAAACUAAACUGAGGGAAAAUAAGCUAAGUUAUGAAGUACUUGAGGGAAGAAAUGAGAUUGAACAAUGGGAAACUCAGGCUUCAACACUCUUUGCUGAGCUGCAGAUUUCUGCUGUCAAUGGAACAUUAUUUGAAGGAAAGGUCUCUGAGCUAGCUGAUGCUUGUGAGAAUCUUGAACACAGAAACUACUCCAAAGACAUGGAAAGCGAACAUCUGAAAGAAAGAGUUAGCAAGCUGGAAAUCGAAAAUGGAAGACUAUCUGGUCAAUUAGCUGCUUAUGGCCCUGCUGUCAGUGCUUUGAAUGACAGUAUAACAGCUCUGGAGAUGCAGACUCUUGCACAUGCAAAACCUGAUGACUGUGAAGAAACAAAGGCUAAAGUAUUGGUGGGUAAUGAAUUCACUGAAGAUGGUCAACAAGCAGACCAAGAUAAGACAGUUAUGGCACCAGAGGCACUCCCUGGCUUCCAAGAUAUGCAGAGAAGGAUCAAUGCUAUUGCAAUGGUAGUAAAGCAGUUAAAUGAAAGUUUCAAACUGAAGAAUCAAACUAGAGAGAUACAAGAGUUAAAAUCUGGAAAUACCCGGCAUGGAGAGAAUAUUCAAGCAAGCAAGCAUGUUACUCAAGACCAAGGAAAGACCCCGGUUACAGAGAUUGAAGUUUUGCCUAAAGACAUCAUGCUAGAUCAAAUAUCUGAAUGUUCAUCAUAUGGGAUAAGUAGGAGGAGAGAAAUUCUUGAGGCUGAUGAUCAGAUGCUUGGGUUGUGGGAAACAGAAGAUAAGGAUGGCGCUGUUGGAAAGCAAGUUGAAAAGACACAAAGGAUGGCUUCUGAAGUUGGAGGCAAUCAUCAAAGAGGAACAACCAAGGAACCCAAAAAUAAAUACCCUUCAAAAGAUUCCUUGGUGGAAAAAGAGUUGAGUGUGGACAAGUUAGAGAUCUCGAGAAGAUUGACACUGCCACGGGAUGAAGGGAACCAAACAAAGAUUUUAGAGAGACUUGAUUCUGAUGCACAGAAGUUAACAAACCUUCAAAUCACCGUACAAGAUUUGAUGAAGAAGGUAGUGGUUAAUGAGAAGAACACAAAAGGAAAAGGUGUUGAGUUUGAUGGAGUAAAAGGGCAACUUGAAGCAUCCCAGGAAACCAUCACAAAGUUGUUUGACACCAACAAGAAGUUGAUGAAGAAUGUGGAAGAGGGUACCUUGUCAUCUGUCGGGAAGAGUGCAGGAGAGUCAAAUGAAAGUGGAAGUGUCAGCAGAAGGAGAGUCUCGGAUCAAGCAAGGAGAGAAUCAGAAAAGAUAGGACAACUGCAUUUGGAGGUGCAAAGGUUACAGUUUCUACUGCUGAAACUUGGUGAUGGAAAAGAAAGCAAAGAGAAAACGAAAAGCAGUGAUCGAAGUCCAAGAGUGCUUUUGCGAGAUUAUCUUUAUGGUGGGACGAGAAGCAACAACCAAAAGAAGAAAAAGCUACCAUUUUGUUCAUGUGUGCGACCUCCCACCAAGGGAGAUUGAUUGUUAAUUUGUUACCUUAUAGCUUUCUUGUUUGUAAAAUUUUCUCUCUAAAGAUGCAUUGAGACCCUCCUACAUAUUUUGAUCUUUGUACAUGUUGUGCCUCAUUUACUCAUAAGAAGAGGCAAAGGCUAGGACGGAAUUUUCACAAUUUUUUCUCUGUAAUAUGAAAUUCUGAAUAAUCACCUCCUUUUUUCUACCUGGUUUAGAUGAGAAAUGAGUGUUUAGUGUUGUACC